AUGCUCGUGGCUACCAUAAUUUUAUUGAUUCAUGUUGUUUUAUCUGGAUCCACUUCCACGAAACGUAAUGUAAAAUUUGAGCAAGAAACCAGUGGCAGUACUGUUGUUUCCUCUUCGGUUGCCCAACAUUCGGAAUUAAAAUUGCAACACCUGCAUUUGCUUUUCCGUCACGGUGAUAGAUCACCUAUAAAUAGGCGAAUCAUCGAUCAAAGCACGUUCAAUAAGUUGUGGCCACAUGGUUACGGCCAGUUGACAGAUAUCGGUAUUGAACAAGAGUUCGAAUUAGGACGUUGGAUGCGCAAGAAAUAUGGAAAUUUCAUUCCAUCGGAAUACAAUGCUUCGGACUUUCAUAUGCGCAGCACUGACAUAGACAGAACUCUUAUGUCAGCUGAAUCGGUCAUCGCGGGGGUCUUUUUGAACUCUUCUACUCCUCUGGCUGGUUAUGGAAUACACUGGCGUCCUAUUCCCGUGCAUACAGUUCCUGAGGUUGGUUUACAGAUGACGUUUGUAUCGUCCUUCUUAAUGAGAAACCUAAUAUGCGCUGUGGUUGUAAGUAAAUUGCAUUUCAGUAAUAUUCAAAUCGAUUUGGGUCAUAUGAAUCUGCUCGGAAUAUUUUACCACUUGAGAGAAUCACCAUGUCCCACUGUAUCGGUUUUUUCCAGGCUGUUUGUUUCUAAAGGCCGUCACGAUACUUCGCUUUUGAUAGCUCAACGAGUAAAACCAAGGGGCAAGUAG